AUGACUGGGCCGGGUAUCCGUGGGGAUGCGUGGACUAACGUCGUGGAUGAGGGUGACAUCAUCCUUCAGCUGGGGCACCUGACGCGAUCCCUGCCUGCUGAGCAGCAGCAGCAGCAGCAGCAGCAGCAGCAGCAGCAGCAGCAGCAGCAGCAGCAGCAGCAACCGCCGCCGCCGCCGCCGCCGCCGCCAGUGUUCAAUGGGCAUGCUCUGUCCCUGCUGGAGUCUGUGGCGCGCCCAGAGACGACAGAGGGGCGCGUCCAACCCAUAUCGGGCACGAGCGUUGCCAACGCCACCAAGCCGGGUGGGUGA